CAGAGGCAAGUAUUUACCUGUCACGUCUCCUCUCGUCUGUACACACGGCGCGAGAGUCGAGAUUCCCAACCGAACCCAUAGCCCACUUGGCCACUGAAACCCCAAUUCAAUGCAAUUUAGUGCCAUAGAUUUAUUUUUUCUCUGUUUCCCAGGAGCAAGAGCAUCAUUCCCGGUGGCCUUUUCUCGGAGUUUGGAUGAAUUCUGUAGAAAAAGCCUCCGACGACACUUUUCCGGCUCCACUUCGCCGGAAUCUGCCAUCUUCGGCACACUCCAUCUCAACUAAGUAGUCUCUCAAGCGGCUGACUUGGACAGCGCCUGAUCGUGCUGCUUGCUUUCCAUUUAAACUGCCCUCGGUUUGGACCAGUCUUCGGGAAUGAUGAUUGGCAGUACUGAGGAAAAAGAUGAUCUCUACUACAUUUCAAGAGAUAUUGCAGCAAUAAAGAAUUCUCCAAAAAAUAAAACAGUUUUUACUGUAACUUCUAAUGCCAAUGCAUUGUUGUGGCACAAACGCCUAGAACACCCUAGUUUUCCAUAUUGACAUUAAUCGAAGAUGGCAACAACAGAGAAAGGAGAUCCAAUGUCAGUGGCAGAGGCGCAAUAGAAAAACUGGCAGAGGCAGAGGUGCAGUGAAGGUAGUGUGGUUCUAGGUCUUGCGGCAAUGGAGGUUUGUUGAUGAAGACGAUGACAACAAUGGGCAGCGACAAGCAGUCAGAGAUGGUAAACUCUGAAAUCAAUAGAUUAGCAACUGUGAACUUAGAAAACAAUGUCUGAUUUCAAUAAAUCAUGAAAUCAGAAAAUGAUUUUUAAGGGAAAUCAGGAGAAAAGGAGAACUAGGUGGCAAGGACAACAAAGAACCAGCAACGAUAGAGGCAAAAGGUAGACCUACCAUAGCCGAAUAACCAACCAGAGAAUUGUCUCGAGCGGCGGAGAUGGCUGGGGGAAAACAAGGACAUUAGGCGAUGAGCAAUGGAAGUUCCAGCAAUGGUGUAGCAAGGAUGAUUUGCAGAGACUCACGAGAAACCAUGAGGUUCCAGCAGUGGUGUAGUAACUCUCAUGUUUGAGAAAACAUAAGACUCACGAGAUCAAUGAAGCUCUAAUAACAUGUUAAAGUAAAAGAAUAUUGUAUGCUUGUUAUUGUACUAGAAGGUUUACAGUUGGUAUAUAUAAGAUCUUUGACUAACCUAAAAAGGUAAUAAACAACAUGGAAAGAUUACAAGGAAUAUAUAAAAGAUGUAUAAAAUAUUUUAAUAAUAUUCUCAAGAUAUUCUUAACAUAAAUUAGAAGGGGUAUUUGUGAUGAAAUUGGGGGUAAUCAUGCAAUUCCUCAGAAAUUUUCAAGGUAUAAGUGAAAUUUUGAAUCCAAAGGACUUUGGUGUAAUUAAUAGAGAUGCUGGUGUAAUUUUCUAAAGGUUGGGGGCUGAGUUAAGGACUAAAAGCAAUUGAAUGAAAUUUGCAGGGGGCACUAGGUGCAAUAUUCACAAAUAUGGAAAUGUACAGUGUGGCAGCUGCGAAGUUGGCCAGCAUGGGACUGUAAAUUCGACACUUAUGGCAGGCUAAGAGGCUAGGGAGUAGGCUGGUGAUGGCCUAAGGCUCAGUCAGUGAUGGAGAUUGAGAUAGGUGGUUUGGGGGGGGGGGGGGGGGGGUUCACUAUAAAAGGGAGGUUUAUUGGCCAAGGUUAGGGGCACAAAUCAAACCCUAUUGAGGUCAAUUCUGAAGGAUUGAGUGAGAGAUCUGAGUAGAGGAGAAAAGGGAGAGAAAGAGGGUGAGAUCACACAUUUUGGUGAAGAAAUUGUGAGCUACAAAAGUUCAAAUCCGUCAAGUGAAUCAAACGGUUGCAGCAGCAAUUGGGGAGAAACAGGAAAAAGAAGAAAAGAGGAGAAGAAGAAGAAGAGAAGAAAAAGGGAGGAGAAAAAAAAAGAAAAGGAGAAGAAAAAUUGGAAAAGAGAUUUUGGAAACUUCACGUGGCCAUGUGAAAUCCCAAGCUUGGGAAUUGGCUCGAGUGCAACAUAGUCAAAGUAAUGAGAAAGUGAGGAGAUUAGAAGCUGACACUGCCACAAAGAUCACAUUGACUCUUCUUCCAAAAUAAUUGAGGUACAGAAUUUUAUACAAGGAAAAAAAAAAGCUUGGUGGGAGAUACUUCGGGAGAAGUCACUGGUACAGCGGCCAUGAGGAAAAGGAAUAUACAUCAAAGCAUACAUCAAUUUGAUGCUUGCCCUUUUGAGGCAUUUUAUAAAGGCUCAUGGAAAAUUGUGGAGUGCUUGCGAAUUAGGAUGGGGGCUAUAACAGCACUUUUAGCUGAUGGUGGAGAUACCUUUGAAGAAAAUGUUCCCUUGUCAAACAUUCGAAUGAGGUCAAGAAAAGCAAAAUUAUCUGACUGCACCUGCUUCAUAAGGCCUGGGCUUGAUAUUUGUGUGCUUUCAAGCUCUCAACUUACAGAAAGUUCAAGUGAAGAGAAAAAUUCAGAACCUGUCUGGCUGGAUGCUAAAAUAAUAUCUAUUGAGAGGAGGCCUCAUGAACCUGAAUGUUCUUGCCAAUUUUUUGUUAGCUUCUAUCUUACCCAAGGCCCUCUUUGUGUGGCAAGGAAAACACUUGCUAAAGAUACAAUCAUUGUACAGAUUGAUCAAAUUUCUAUCCUUCAAAAGCUCAAAAGGGAUGCUUGUGUAACCGAGCACUAUCGUUGGAAUUUCUCUGAGGACUGCUCUUCACUGGAACGAUACAAAUUGUUUACAGGAAAGUUCUCAUCUGAUCUUUCAUGGCUACUUGUUGCAUCUGUUCUGAAGCAAAUUGAAUUUGAGGUCAGAUCAAUAGGAAACAAGAUUGUCUAUCAAAUUAUUGAUGAUGACUACAACGAGAAUUCACUGAAAUUGGAAGGCCAUGCAACUGCUGUGAAUUUCAAAUUAGAAAAUGGAAUUUCAAUACCCAUAAUUGUCCCAUUUGCUCCCACUGAUAUUCUUGAGAAGGAAACUGCUUUUGAUGUGCAUGAAGAUGAAUCAUCAUCAUUUUAUGAUCCCAUGGGGUUGCGGCGAUCCAAGCGUCGAAAUAUACAACCUGAGCGUUACUUAGGUUGUGAUUUGUCGGAGUUGGAUAUUGAUGAUGCACCUCGAAUGGGGACAUGCAGAACAUACAGAUGGGAGUAUAAAGAAAUGCCAUUGGCACUAUCCAUCCAGGCUGAUCAUGCAUAUUAUUUGGAUGACCACUCUAUCCAAGCUGAUCGUGGAUAUUUUCUGGAUGACCAUUCGAUCCAGGCUGAUCAUGCAUAUUAUUUAGAUGACCAUUCUAUGGGUGAUGAAAGGGUCCGUUCAUAUAAAAAGGGAUCCUGUAGGAAUUUUUUUGGAGGCCAGAGUAAGAGCAAAGCAAGGGUUUUAAAAUCAAUAGUGUCUACUCAAAGAGAAGAUCUGCCUAAACUUGAUAGUCCAAGAAAACACCAAUGUGAACUUGCUAUUGUUCCUGUACCUGAUGAGACUGAUCAAAUGAUAUAUCAGGAGGAUCCUCUUGAUGCUCCAUUUCCUGGCAAUUUUUCUGGUGAGAUGAAUGAAGUAUUUUCUAAGUAUGUUUGCAUAAACGGAACCUCCGCACAAACCAGAAGAAGCGUUUAUGAUAUAGACUUGGGAGAGGCUGAAAGUGGAUGGAAGGGUGGAUGGACGGGUGGAUGGAAGGGGAGAAAUUCGCGUAAGAGGUCCCGAGGAAAAAGGGAUUAUUUUAUAUCUUCAGGACGGGAGAGUUUUCGUUAUGCAGGAACCAAUGCAAGAAAAUCCUUUAGUGCCAGUAUGUACAGGGAAAUGAUAAGGAAAUGUAUGGAGAGCAUAAAAUCCACAAUGCAUAAGGAACAACCACCAGUUAUUGAUCAGUGGAAUGAAAUCCAGUCAGGAAAAUCUAAAAACCAAAAGAAUACUAGUGAAAUACCCUCAACGAUUGAGGAAGACGAUGCAGAAAUUGAAAUGUUGUGGAAGGAAAUGGAACUUUGCAUGGCAUCAACUUACUUUCAAGACAGUGAGGAGUCCAAUGUUGAACUUCCCACUAAUGUUGUGCAAACUACGAGUGAACAAUGUGGACAUGUCUGCCGACAUGAAUACAGACUAAAUGAAGAAAUUGGAAUUCUUUGCAGAUUAUGCGGGUUUGUGAGCACUGAAAUAAAGGAUGUUGUGCCAACCUUCUUGCACUGCGCGGGUUCAAACCCAUACAAGGGGACACAAAAUGAAGAAGAUUCAGGGCAUAAGCCAGACGAAGGCUCAGGGCUUGAUCUUUUCAGCAUUCCUGCCCCCUCCAGUACGCCCUUAUCAGAGGGGGAAGGCACUGUGUGGACCUUAAUACCUGAUCUGAAAUGGAAAUUACGGCUGCAUCAAAUGAGAGCCUUUGAAUUUCUCUGGCGUAACAUUGCUGGUUCUGUGGUACCAACAGUUAUAGAAUCCAUGGUCAAGAAAAGAGGCGGUUGUGUUAUCUCUCAUUCCCCUGGGGCUGGUAAAACUUUGCUUAUCAUCGCAUUCCUUGUGAGCUACUUGAAGUUAUUCCCUGGAUCACGGCCUUUGGUCCUUGCUCCGAAAACAACACUGUAUACCUGGUACAAAGAAAUAAUUAAGUGGGAAGUUCCUAUUCCAGUUUAUCAAAUCCAUGGUGGCAGUACCUAUAGAGGUGAAGUCUUAAGGAGGAAAUUGAGAGUAUCACCAGGAGAUCCGAAGCCCAACCAGGACUUUAUGCAUGUUUUAGACUGCAUGGAGAAAAUUCAGAAAUGGCUUGCACAUCCAAGUGUACUUCUGAUGGGUUAUACCUCUUUUCUGACAUUGACACGAGAAGAUUCCAAAUUUGCACACAGACAAUACAUGGCCCAAGUGUUGCGACAAUGUCCUGGGAUUCUUAUUCUUGACGAGGGGCACAACCCAAGAAGCACUAAGUCAAGGUUGAGGAAGGCUUUGAUGAAAGUUGAAACAGGGCUGAGAGUUUUGCUUUCUGGUACAUUAUUUCAGAAUAAUUUUGGGGAAUAUUUCAACACCCUCACUUUGGCAAGACCAACUUUUGUCACUGAAGUGCUGAGAGAAUUAGACCCUAAGUUUAAGAGGGGAAAGAAAGCUGCAAAAACGCGGUUUUCUCUUGAAAAUAGAGCAAGAAAAUUCUUCAUUGACAAAAUUGGGAUGAAGAUUAAUUCAAGCGUAACGGAAGAAAGAAUGAACGGUCUGGUUACAUUGAAGAAUUUGACUAGUGAAUUUAUAGAUGUGCAUGAAGGUGGGAGCUAUGAUAACCUUCCUGGUUUACAAUGCUACACCCUAAUGAUGAAGUCAACACCUUACCAGCAAGAGCUUUUGGUAAAACUUCAGAAUCAAAGACCUAUUUACAAAGGAUUCCCCCUGGAGUUGGAGCUUCUGAUCACUCUUGGAUCAAUACAUCCUUGGUUGAUUAGAACUACGGCAUGUGCCACUCAAUAUUUCAGUGUGGAAGAGUUGGAGGGUCUUGAGAAAUAUAAGUUCAACCUGAAGUUUGGUUCCAAAGUGAGAUUUGUUAUGAGCCUUGUGCCUCGGUGCCUCAUCAGGAAGGAGAAGGUCCUGAUCUUUUGCCACAACAUUGCUCCAAUUAACCUAUUUGUGGAGAUAUUUGAGUUGUUCUAUGGGUGGCGUAAGGGUGAAGAAGUUUUGGUCCUUCAAGGGGAUGUUGAACUUUUUGAACGCGGGAGGGUCAUAGAUAAGUUUGAGGAACCGGGGGGGCCCUCGAAGGUAAUGCUGGCUUCAAUAUCAGCUUGUGCCGAGGGGAUUAGUCUGACUGCAGCAUCUCGUGUGAUCUUACUGGAUUCAGAGUGGAAUCCUUCUAGGAGCAAGCAAGCCAUAGCAAGAGCUUUCCGGCCAGGUCAAGCCAAGGUGGUCUAUGUGUAUCAGCUCUUGGCCGCUGGCACUCUGGAAGAGGAGAAGCACGGCAGGACCACUUGGAAGGAAUGGGUUUCGAGCAUGAUAUUCAGCGAGGAACUAGUGGAGGAUCCUUCUCAGCGCCAAGCAGAAAAAAUCGAAGACGACAUAUUGAGGGAGAUAGUUGAGGAGGAUAGAGCUCCAUUAUUCCAUAUGAUUAUGAAAAAUGAGAAAGCUUCAAAUCUGAUGGUCAGAGGUAAAGACUAGGCUCUGUCUAUCUAUAUCUUUAGUAAAUAAAUGUAAGGAGACAUGCCUCUGCCCUCUUUCUCUUUGCCUCUCUGUCUUGACUCUUGACUGGUUUAUAUGUCGUUCAGUUUCUUAGUGCAUAUCUCUUGCUUUGCUUUUCUCA